AUGGCAUAUGUGCCUUACCCUCCCUAUUCACCUGAUCUGGCCCCAAUGGCUCCUGGGAGCCUGGCCUCCAGUGACACCUUGACUUCCUCAGCCUCCCUAACCUCCAUGAGCUCCACGUCCAGGGGGUCUGGGACUGGAAAGCCAGGCCUGAGCUGUACCGCUGUCCCAGCUCCAUGCUGCCACCCACCCGUGCUGCGCAUGGUACUGGAGGCGCUACUGUCAGGUGAGCAGCGCUGGGGCACCUCGGUGGUGGCCGUCAAGGUUUCUCUCCUGCAGAAGUACCCUACAGUAGUUGCCAUCUGGCUCAAGUACCUGCUGAAGUGGGCCCUGGACACUGGCAUGCAAUGUGGCCUCCUCGUCAGGCCCACCAACUCCAGGGCCAAGGGGGCCACCGGCAGUUUCAAAUUAGUUCCCAAGCACACAAAGAAAAUCUAGUCCAGGAAGACUUCCACCACGUCAGCCCCCAGGAGACCUGCUGAGGCCAAAGAGGAGGCCUCCUAUAAAGGUGGCCAGACCAAGGAUGGAGAGGCAAGAGUGGGCAAGGCCAGGAAGGUCCCCCGACAGCCAGACAAGGCCACAGAGGCCCCCCAUGGUGCCAUUGGGCCCUGUGGGAAGUCAAAGGGUAAAGGCAGAAAGAACAGCCCAGCAGAUGACAAGGCCCACAGGAAAACCAAGGCUGGGACUCAGAGCUCAAAACCCGUGGUCACCAAGGGCGAGAAUGGUGCAGUUUUCCCAGCCAAAAAUAAGACCAAAAGCACAGUCCCCAAAGAGGCCACUGCCCAGGGGGCCAGGCAAAGGUCAAAAACCAAGGCUGCUGCUGCUCCUAAGGACUGUGUAUCCAAGAUGGUACCUGCUGCUCUUAAGGACAGUGUGUCCAAGACUGUACCUGUACCACUGGCCAGAAAGACAGAGGUCGCCAAGGGCCCAGGAAGGCCUGGCAUGCCCACUAAGGCUUUGUCAUCCAAUGGGAUCAGUAAGAAGACAGAAGCCAAAAGCUAG